AUGCAUUCGCCAGGUGUGUGGCGCUGGAUAAGGGGUCUCUUCCUCGCGCUGCUCUUGUCCAAUCCCGUGGCCACCAUCGAUCUGGAUAUCAGUGAUGAACAAUCCCUCAAAGAUGCCGCAAGUACCACAGCCUAUGGUAUGAUGACCUACUACAAAGGAAACGAGACGGGUCAUAUCCCGGGAGCUUUCGCAAGUAAAUGGUGGGAAGGUGCCGCUCUCUUCCUGGCGCUGCUGCAAUAUUGGCAUUUCACCGGCGACACCACCUACAACGACGAAUUGCGGGUCGGACUGGAGUGGCAGGCGGGCGAUGGUGACUAUAUGCCUAGCAACUACAGUAGUUAUCUGGGCAAUGACGAUCAGAUGUUCUGGGGUCUGGCUGCGAUGACAGCGGCGGAACUCAAGUUCGCUGACUCGUCGUCAGGUUAUUCGUGGCUUUCACUCGCUCAGGGUGUUUUCAACACGCAGAUUGACCGAUGGGAUACCUCGCACUGCAGUGGCGGGAUGCGGUGGCAAAUCUGGCCCUACGAGUCGGGGUACGAUAUGAAGAAUUCCAUCUCGAACGGUGGUCUGUUUCAACUGUCGGCCAGACUGGCACGCUAUACAAAUGACGAGACCUACGCGAAGUGGGCGCGGAAAAUUUGGAACUGGUCUCUGAGCAGUCCCCUGCUGAACAACUCGACCUGGAAUGUGGCUGAUUCGACCAACAACGACGACGAUUGUGCGACUCAAGGUAAUACCCAGUGGUCUUAUAACUAUGGUACAUAUAUGAUGGGCGCCGCCUAUAUGUAUAACUAUACCAACGGAAGUUCUGAAUGGCUAACUGCCGUGAAUGGCCUCAUGAACAAAACCUUCGACAAGUUUUUCCCAACUAGCAAUGGAGGUAUCUUUGAAGAAGUAGUCUGCGAGCCAUCGGAAAGCUGUAAUGACAACGAGAUUUUGUUCAAAGGACUGGUCUCAUCCUGGCUCUCAUUUACAGCUCUUAUUGUUCCGUCGACCUACAGCACCAUCUUGCCAUAUCUUCAGACUUCAGCCACUGCUGCCGCCAAGUCUUGCACCGGCCACAACAAUAACACAUGUGGUGUCCGAUGGUACAAGUCAACAUAUGAUGGGUGGAUGGGAAUGGAGGAACAAAUCAGCGCGACCAAUAUUUUUGUUGCGAACAUGAUUCAAUUUGAUUCAUCUGCUCCAGUCACAUCCACAACCGGUGGCAACAGCACCAGUGAUCCCACGGCUGGUGAGAACGACACAACGACGUCAAGCGAGACGACCUCCAAGAUUACCACUGGCGAUAAAGCCGGAGCAGGGAUUUUGACGGUUGUUUUUGUCGUCGGGUGGGUUGGCUUGAUGAGCUGGACUGUUUUGGGAGGCUAA